AUGGCUCCUGGUGUCUAUAGAGUAGAAUAUUGGUCAGGAACUGUAUUGUGCAAAACAGAUGGAAGUCAAGACAACACAUGCUUUGAAAAUAAUCAGACCAAAUGCCAGGGUUUGGGACUCAAAGGUCGGCUUGCUAUUGUCACCGGAGGCGCCAGCGGGAUCGGGAGGAGCGUCUGCAUGGUACUCGCUCGAGAGGGCGCCACAGUCGUCGUGGCAGACAAGAACAGAACGGGCUCAAAUGAGACUAUAGAGAUGCUGCAAGGAUCCUACAAGGGCAAUCACCGGGCCAUCUACGUGGACGUUUCCAACUCAACUGCUGUCAGCAAUCUUUUCGAAGAGAUCGAGUCUUUGUUUUCUAAGAGAACGAUCAGCGUUGUUGUGAACAGCGCCGGUGUCUCGGGCACACCCAAUCUCAUCCAUGAAACUUGCGACGCCACCUUUGACGAAGCGAUCGGCACCAACCUACGGGGAACCUUCCUGAUUGACCGAGCCUCUGUGAGGCACAUGCUGGCUAGGAACGUCACGGGCGGUGCCAUCGUCAACAUCGCGAGCAUUAUGGCAAAAACUGGCUAUCCUGGGGAAACUCCCUACUCAGCCUCUAAGGGCGGCGUCGUGUCCCUCACGAAGGCAGUGGCCCUCGAAGUCGCCACCCAGAGCAUCCGAGUCAACGCCAUACUACCAGGGCCAGUCGACACGCCCAUGCUAGCAAAAACUCCCGCAGAAGCGGUGGCCACCUACGUCCAGGCAACGGCCUUGAAGCGCGUUGGGCAACCUGAAGAAAUAGCCGAGACGAUUGCGUUCAUGUGCAGUCCUAAGAGUAGCUUCAUGACUGGGGCUGCUGUUGAUGUCACGGGAGGAAUAAUAGUGGAAUAA